AUGGGUGUGGGCUGGGAGGAAGACAAGCGCUGUGUGACCUACGGUUUGGAGCCGUUCGUUUUUGAUCCUGGUCCUCAAACAUCUCAGGAAGAGCUUGCACGCGAUGCAGAGAAGCGCGUGCGGUCCGACAAGCGCUUCCGUGAGGUCCUCAGCAAAGAGAAGGCUGCAAUCACCGCAGUCCUCCAAGGGUGCUUGGAGAAGGUGAACGGCCAACUCGAAAGAGGCGAAGAAGUUUGUCAGAAGGCUCAUUUUCCUUUGCUGAACCCUCGAGACUUUGAAGACAUGGAAUCCUUUGCUCGCCAUGACCACUUCACCGUCGACUUGAGGAUUGACAAGGUCGAUGAAUCUUUGCAGAAGCUUGUAAGCAGUCUGCUUGGAAUUGUCUGGACCAACAUUCAGGUUGAAAAUGAGACGAAGGCCAAGUCCCUCGAACGCUUCAGCCAGGCCCUUCAAGAGCGCAUGGAGACAUUGGAGUACCACUUGAACGACCGUUCCAGGCAGUUGUCCAACUGCAGGUAUGCAUACUUCCUGGAGAUCACACACUUACGCAACCAGCUCUACAUCAAGAACCAGUCCGAUGAUGAGAACUUUGAGCCUGUGGAGGCUUACUUUUUCGAUCCCACGGAGUACUUAGAGGAGGAGUUGCGCCAACAGCUGAACGAUAAGAUCACUUUGAGCGUGAAGGUUUACAAGGAGAAGCUGAAUGCCAAAUGUCGAGAAGUUGCUGAUUUGGAGCUGCAGUUGGAAACUCUUCAGGCUUUGAACGCUCAGCGGAACGAUGAUAACCUGGAGAAUUACUUGCAGAUUGCCUGCAAUAAACAUGGCGCGAAGAACGUCGUAGAGACUCUGGCACAAUUGGCCGAAAAGGAAAUGCACCAAUGGGCACAGAAUGUUCGAGGUGGUAAAACGCCGCAAGCCAACGCCGAAGGCUUGGAAGGUUCCUUCUCCCCAGCGCGACUGGAGCAGAUGAGGCAGGCCAUGAUGCAGGCAGCACAGGAGGCAGAAGAAGAACGUGCCUUGAGGCGACAGGCAGAGGAAGCCUUGAGAGAAGCACAAAAGGAGUUGGAAGAACUCACGAGAGCGCUGGAAGAACAGAAGCUCAACGAUGCAGGAUCAAACUGCAGCUUGAGAAGGAGCGCAGCAAAAGUGCAGAGCUACAACUGCUGCAGGCUUGCUCUUCAGACUUGUCGAUUGCAGUUCAUUUUUGAAAGACAUGGCUUCAGUCUCCUGGUUUGA